AUGAUGAAUUCCCGUCCUCUGUCGUAUGAUAGUUUGAAAACUGUGCUGAAAUAUAUGGAUCCAAAUAAACGAUUUCUCCUCUCCGCUAGAUGUCCAUCCAUCCGCUCUGCCGACAAAGCCACUCCGCUAAUUAUCGACACCUUCGACUAUGACGAGAACUGCUUUGAAGUGAACAGAACCGUAUACAAAAUUGGGAUUUGUAAAAAAUAUUUGAAUGGUGCUGAAAUUCCACCGAAAGCUCGAAAUCACAAUGCUCAAGGCGGUUUAUCUUAUGAUCUUGACCAGUAUGGCUUCAAAGAUCUCUCCGGGGAGAAUACACUGACACCGGGAGACGUUGAUUUGAGAAAACCAAAUGAUGAAGCAUGGAGGACUAGAAAUAUGCGAGAGGAUAACCAAAUUGCUGAGUAUGAGCAGGCAUUGGCGGAUACUAGAAGUAGGUUGGCAUUGCUCAAAUGUUCCAAAUCGACAGAUGCUGAAGGAGAGGCCCGACUAAACACUAUAAUCAAAAACCAGAUGGCCAGACUGCAACCAUUCUACUCUCGACGGGAUGGUCUUCCUGUUCCAUUUGAACGUUACAUACAAUUGACUAUCAUAGGCAAGGGAGAACCAUAUAUUGAGCGGCUGGAGUAUACUAAGAAACUCCAUGAAGCUGUCAAGUAUCUGACUGGAAAGCUCCUCGGGAAUCGUCUCCAUCCAGUAGCUAUUGGACGAUUUCGUGUCUAUGAUGAAGUUAUGCGUUUUCCCGUUGGAUUGCGACUGGAUGUUCAAAGUUUGUCGGUGAGCAACAUUCAAAUUGUACAAGAAUCACUGACACCACUGCUGACUAGAACUGUGAAAACUCUUAAUGUCGAGGUGAAAAGUGCUGGAGAUUUUGAAUGUGCAAUGCUGAAGAAUGCAGAAAUCUUGAAUUUAGAAGACGCGGGUUCUGGUUUCAUUCGUCCUCCGAUGGUUUUGAAUCUCACAAAUUUGAAAGCAAACAUUAUUAUAGUGCGUUGGACUAUUGAAGAUUUCAUGACAGUUGUAAGAUGGUGGGUAGAAGUUGUCAAGAAGGAAGUCGGUACCUCUUACAAAUUCAUUGCUAUGCAGGACAAGAGUAUCAUCCAUCUUAUUGAAAGUAUCAAGGAGCAAUACGAGGAAGCUAAGGAGAUUGGAGAGUUAUCUUUGGCCAUUCCAACAAAAUAUGGUUCUUCUAUCAAUGUGUCGAUGUCCGAACUUGAGUCUUCUUUCAACAAAGACGCAUAUAAUAUAAAGUUCACUGUUGACCCAGAUUUGCCAGUCUAA